AUGGCCAAGCUGGCACUUGUGUGUCAAACUUGCAAAAAUCAGGAGUGUUCAAGCACGGCACCACUAACGUGUUCCUCAGAGACAAUGUGUAUAACAGCUUCCAUUCGAGCUACUUCAGCUGGAACCCCAGGCCAGCAAAUCUUCAAGGCUUGUGCAUCGUCCUCCCUGUGUCCAGCCGCAGGCUCUCAGACAUAUUCAGCCAACUUGGGAGCUGCGAGUGCACUUGCAUCUGCGACAUGCUGCAACACAGAUAACUGCAACUCAGCUACUCUACCAUUCCCUGCUACUCCAGCAGAUAACAGCCUACAGUGUUUCUCUUGUGACCCCGCCACCUCUCAAUGCACCAGCCUAUUACAAUGUAAGGGAUUGGAGGACCGCUGCUUUCAAGCGACUGUGACACAUGGGUCCACAACAUCUCCAGUCUUUAGCUGUGCAUCUGCAAACCUGUGUGCAGCUGCUGCCAGUCUGGGUAGCCUACCUUUCAUGGAAAAUGUUGGUACCAUCAGCAGCGGACCUUCCUGUUGUGGGACCAGUUUAUGUAAUACUGUAACAACAAUUGCAACACCGACAACAACAACUGCGGCCCCAACGACAACAACUUAUCACAGAGUGGACCGGCACAUCAAUGAACAAUGGGUUCGUUCUAACAUUGUCAUGAGGGGUGGUUGUCUUCUGUCAUCUGCCUAA